AUGUGCUACAUUGGCGUCAAGCAGUUUGACGAGUCUGUGUGGCAACAUCCCGUCCAUAUGGUUGUACCCUACUCGAAACGUCCUGGCCGGUUAAAAUGGUUUCUAGAUCAGUUCGAUCGCUUGCGCGCCGCCAAUGUGCAAGUCCAUCUGAUCCUCGCCGUGUGCAAAGAAGCCCAGCAGGACAUCGCCGCAUCCAACGAUCUCGUUGAGUCUAUCAAGUUUCAGAAGGACGUGCAAAUCUCCCUGGUGCCCGGCGAUAGAACAGGCUUCUUCUCCCGCUCCAUAUCUAUCAGGGAAGGAUCAGCUGCCGUCCCGCCCGACAGCAUCAUGUUUGUCACUGACAUCGAUAUGUACAUUUUUCCCCCGAUGUUUGACAGCUGUCGGUACAACUCCAUUCAAGGGAGCCAGGUUUAUUUUCCCGUAUUUUACAACUUGUACGCGCGUAGCUCGCGUAUCGAUAAGGAUGCGGGGUACUGGAGAGAUUCAUCAUACGGAAUGAGCUGUAUGUAUAAGUCCGACUUUGAUGCCAUUGGGGCAUAUGAAAAUGCCGAAAAUAUGUUUGUUGGGUGGGGCGGGGAAGACGUCGCCCUGAGCGAAGCCUUUUUGAAAGAUUCUCGCUAUGAGGUGUUUCGUGCUGUAGAACCGUCACUGCGACAUAAAUGGCACAUCAAGCAUUGCGAACAAUUUACUCCCUCGUACCAUGACUGCAUUUCAGUAUCGUUUCAACAACUUGGGACGUUAAAGAUUGUGGGAAGGUACUUGCUGGAGAAGAAAAUCGACGCGCAGGCACUUUAUGCCGACCGCACAGAUGAGGACAACGUGAACCCUGCGGGAUUUGAUGAAGGUGUAUCGCAGCCGGACUCGUCUCGCAGCAUGUUGGAGAACGAGAAGCUAGCGAGAAGGAAGGAUUUCUUGAUGCGGAAUGAGGAACUACGGGAAGAACAACUCUGGCGUGCCCAAGCAGCUCGCAAACGCGAACGGAAAGAACGACCUGAACGGUAG